CCUUCAUCAAUAUUUUAUUAAAAUAUUUACCAAAUAAUAAUAGUGUCAAUCAAAGUAAUUCGACAUCUUAAGCGUGCCGGCUUAUUUCCAUAGAAACGAACCCGAGAACUAAUUGCUGCAUGAUACUCGAAGGUUGUAUUAUUUUGGAAUCGAAAACAUUACAUUUUCGUCAUUAGGAGCGUGUCUUUCUCGCUUUCCGGAAGAAUGAGCGAUGUAGAGGUAAGAAAAGCCGUAAUUGACAACAUCAAAUCGUGAAUCCUUUGAGACUUUGAUGUUCAAAGAAAGUUAAUUGCUUAUGAGCUUACGGUAUUAUUUAGACAGCUUUCUAACUAUUUGACUUUACAACCUGUAAUCAUCCAUCGUAUUGUUUCCUUUCUUGAAAAGAUGAGAAACAGCAAAGAUACUAAAACGCAAGACCAGGAUAAAGACGAAAAAGUCAACGACAAAGAACCUGAAAUGCACCGAGAAGGAUUUCGGCAUGAUGCGCCAUCUGGUAAGAUGCACUUGCGUCCAGUUUAAGCUUUUAAACUUAUGAUGAUCACGCUUUGUCCGACAGAUUGUUUCCAAGCCUAUUUUGAUAGCAGAGAGUUCGCUUUUAUUUUGAAGAUUAGUUAAAAUUCUUCCGAGUUAUACAAAAUAUUCCCUCAAACUGAUCUACCUGCAUAGAUAUUUAAGCCAGAGAGUGUUAUAUAUGUAUACAUCACGCUAAUUGUGCUAGGCGCCGUUGUGUUAAUUUGCUCGAUGGUGGUAAACCGCGGGGAUCAAACUCACAGACACACGCCAUUCCUUCUUUUGCAGAUUUUAGCAAUUAAUCAAAAGUGGCGAAGAGUAAAAUUUAUGCUAUCUUUGAAAAGGAGUUGAGUCAAUUGUUUACUGAAACUCAGAGAAAUACGGUAUUUAUUAUAAGAGACAUCUUUCAAUCUUCAUUGGCUCGUCUCUUUCAAUAAUUGAUGUUUUCGUGACCGGAAGUGACGAUUAGUGGAGUAUUGUAAAGUGGAUUUGUGGGAUGAAAAUUAUAAACAGGUUUUAAGUACCGCAAUCUCAAAAUAUAGAAAAAAUAGAGAAAUCAUAUUUGAUAGUGUGAUUAUUGUAUUGCACAGAUUCUAUAUACACUGUUUACUUCAAGAGGUAACCUACUGAUUAUUCAUCAGUAGCUUCAAAAAAGUGCACUCUUCUGCCUCGAAACAAGUGUGACAUAUAAUAAUGUAGCUCGAUAAAAAAAGCUUAGUCAAUAGAAAUUGUCAUUAAAAACAGCACUCUUUUUGAUGUUCAGAAUGCUGGAUAUUGCAUUUUCUAACUUCUUGAUUACACAUUUUCUGGGAUCUUGCAAAUCACAGGAGAUAAAGAGAGCAGUCCAAAAAUUUUGCCAAAGAAAAGAAAGGGAACCAGCUCUCAAGCUGCAAGCUCCAAGGCAUCCACACACCUUGACAAGAAAACACAGCAAAUGGUAGCAGAAUUAUACAGACUGAAGUGGCAGAUGACUGCAUUCAAACAGUCCAUACAAAGACCCCCUGUGUAAGUGAAUCUUUGACUGUCUGGUCUCUGCUGGGGAAGAAACCUGGUAAAGGGUGUGGUGGUAGGGAAGGGUGGUGACAUGAAUUAUGAAAAAAAGGUAAAGUAGUUGUCAGGAGUUAAGGCCAGCAGCAUUGACAUUAGUUGGCCAAUGUACAUGUAUAUAUGAGGGGGGUGUAAGGGUUUGCAGUGAUGUGGUUUUGCUAGAUUUUUGGUGCAGUCUUGCGGAAAUUUUUAUUUUAAGUAGCAGUAUUGCGGUUUUACAAUACCAAGUGGCUUGCAGUAUUUUUGAAUGUAAUUUCAAUGUCGUUUGCAGUUUUCUUAUGUUAUUCUGUGUGGUGUUUAUACAUAUUUCUGUACUGUUUUGCAGUAUUCAUAACCCCUUGCGCCCCCCUCAUUUAUGGUCCCUUUCAGUUAAGAGAAAACUAUUAUUUUCCUGUCCACACUGGCUUUGGGUGGAUAUCUAUUAAGUAACAAAGGAAUCAAUACACCCCUAAACUGGGCUAGCAUUCCAUUGAAAGGAGAAGGAUCAAAGGUGUUGGAAAGUGCCAUAGGUUAAUAUACAUAAAUGGGUUUUUAUACAGCAAGAUGUUAACUGUAGUGAGAGUUGUUCAAAAUACAUAACAAGUUUAAAGGCCUGAAAAUUUUGACCGACAUGACCAGCUGCAAUGAUACCUUUUAUUAGCAUGUAAAUUAAGAGCUUAAAACAGAGGUUCCAGUUGACAAAUGUCCAGUAGCAAGGGAUGAACCUCCUAAAAGGAGCCUACAUGUUUUACCCUACCAGCUACUGAUCAUGGUUCCAACUUGUAUGAAACAUGUUUACCUCAUGCGCUGGCUUAGUGGCCUAGCUACCCAUAACUCCACUGUUAGCUUCCCCAAAUUGUAACAAAAUUACUGUCUCUCAACUCCAAUAGGAGGCCAUAUACUCCAGAUAUCUUCAACAGCCUGUCGCCUUAUUAUAAUCAGUACCUGGUAGACUCUACAAUUCAGGAUCUGAUGCAGGUUAGUAUCUUUUAUAGAGCUGGGGGACUCCCAUUUUAAAGUCACCGGGAUGCUAAUCGUCUUGCUUAGUAGUAGAAGGUGCAGAUUUUGGUCUCACUUUUUGCCCCUAAAUGUAUUGUUUAGGACAAGAGAGCAUGAUCCGAGUUAAUUCUCUCUGGCUUAGGAUUGUGCGACUAUUAUAUAAAAAAAGAACAAACCGUUUUUUGCUCUAUGUGAGACUACAGUCUCCUUUAGGGGUCUAUUUAAGCCUAAAAUAAUGCCACGCCCAGAUUUGUUUCAGUAAUCCCAGCUAGUAUAUGGGAGUCAUCCCCUUCCUGAAAAUUAAGUGUAAAAGGUGAUUUGAAAGGACAAGUCAAUGUUAUAUAAUAAGUAAAGUGACCUCAAAUAUAGGCUAUUGACCUUUCGAGGUUUUUUUUAUAGGAGCCAGAAGUAAGAAUGCCCAGAGGGUAUGGCCAUAGACCUACAGCCCUUGGAAUAGUAGGUAAUUAGAGAAAGAAUUUUCUUUUUGCAAAUUACAUAGCCAAUUGAUGGGAUUAGAUAUUCAUGUAAAGCCCACAUAACAGAGAUCAUUAUCAUAAAUCAAAACAGUGAGUUCUUUUUCCAAUUCAAGAUACAACACAAGCCUGUUACCCCAAACUGUCAGUCCCCUCCAACCCUAAGUGGAUUGAAUGUCCUCCCCAAGAGUAUAGAAAAUUGACUUGACGAAGGAGAAAAAAAGGCUUCCAAUGAGGACACUCCCAAAGUGGAAUGAAUGAGGAGAAGAGAAAUAAAUGAAAUAAUGAGGGUGUCAUCCCAAGUGUCACUAAAGUGUGAAAAGUGGGAACUGCAAAUAUCCCAGUGACUACCCCGACGUCCACCCUCAAAUCUAAAAUGUAGGGCAUUGGUUUUGGUAAUAAAUAUGUAAAAGUUUGUAAAUGUCAGUUUUUUGGACUGAAAUGUUUUCCUUUCAGACCCAGAAAUCGCUUGGAGAAUGGACAAGUAAGUAAUAAUUUGUUUAAUGGUAAAUUCACGGUUUGCCUCAAAAGGGUUCUCGUUAAUAUCCUGUUUUAUGUGGAAGUAGCUGGAACAAUUCUCCAUAACCGCCCGUGUGAAACGACAUCCCUGGCCUGAUGGCCUGCAACAGAAGCUUUCCACUGACGUUUGGGUUUACUCGCGUUCUUUCCCGGCUCGCUUCACUCGCCAUUCGCAACGGAGAGCUUUCUCAUAGGCUACCAAAUCUCUUGUACAUGUGACGUCAUCAGUGUUGGUGGUCAUAGAUAACAGACACUCAAUUAGUGCAGGAUUUAAAGUUGGUGAUCAUGUUCUGUCAUGCGCGAUUUGGUCAAUCAGGAUAGGGAUCAAGCGCGCAAGAAACCAUAAGAACCAUGUAACCUUGGCUUGAAAAUUAGCCUGCGAAAACAGCCGUUUCUCCUUGCUCUUCGCCUCUGGGGACGUUUCGCGCAGAGGAACGUCCUUCAUUCCUCGCGAAACGUCCUCAGCAGCGAAGAGCCAGGAGAAACGGCUGUUUUCGCAGGCUACUUGAAAAUUAGAAUAAAAAUUCUUUAUCCUUCCAGGAUCUCACCUUUACUUCCUUUAAUAGACUGUUCACAGUUCACAACUUUUUCGUAAGAUCGUCAGGAUCGAGCGCUGAACGGUACGGACGGCCAUCUUGGUUUCAUAUGUACCCAGGGGGCUGGCUUCGGGGUUUAAAGCAAACAACCCCCCGCCCCCUAAGUGUUUUUGACACUCAUCCAAGAUUGCUGCCCUUAACGCAAAGCGCUCGAUCUCAACGAUCUUACCGAAAAAUAGGGAACUGUGAACAGUCUAUUACUUCCUCAGCGUUUAGAACCUAAUAAAAAGGAAUAAUAAUAAUGAAAAAAACGAGGAAACUAGAAAAGCGAAAAACAAACAAACGAAGACGAAAAAAAAGUAUAAAGGUCACGCUUACCUCUUUCGAUAUUUUGCCCUUUUGCGCAUGAGGAAACUUAGGAAAAUGUAAUUUGCUCCCUCUUUCCGUUAUAAACGAUAGCCAAAGAAGUGCUCGACUUUAAAAUAUCGUGUUUGGGAAGUUUUUUUGGCUAGAGAUAGUGACAAGAAAAUAGCGUGACAAGCUUUUAAAUAACGGAGUUUCAGAGCCAAAUUGAAUCACCUGGGCCACUUUGAAAACUGCAAUCUCUACGCCACAGACCGGAACUACCGAAAUCCUUGUUGUGGGCCCCCACCUGUGUACCAGGAUUUGAGUAUGCACUAUGAUCGGCCUUUUAACAAAGCCAUUGUCGAUUUGCCAAUCAGGAUAAAGGGAAAUUCGAAACUCAUUAAUCAAAUAAAUAAAAUAAAUACGAUUUGGAGCUAGCACAUCCACAUAGUGGUUCUUCGUCUACCAGAUUCCUGGUCGAACUGGAAUUGGAAAAUGUUGGUUUUUAAAGAGAGUUAGGGAGAGGAGAAAACCGGAGUACCCGGAGAAGAACAAGGGAGAGAACCAACAACAAACUCAACCCUCUUUCCGGUAUUCGUUGAGUCCGUUGUGGGGACAGUCAACAAGGACAUAGGCGCUGCUUCGCAGAUGUACUACUCGGUGUUUGAUUACGUCUGCGACGCAGGCUAUCGUAAAAGAACACUUUCUAUGUUAACGCUAAGAGUGAUCAGCAUCAAAUUUCCCUUGUAAUAUCAGUGCUUUGUAAAACAGUGUGGUCAUGAGAAUUACGGACAUGAUCACACAAGAAGUAUUUGCUUGAUAUUUUAUCAACUUCUCCCCACUACUUAUGUAGGAAAUGAAUAGGGGCAACAGAUGAGAAUACAAAUUUUGAUCUUAGGGUUUUAAGGGUUAAGUGUUGUUUUUGAAUAAGUUCCGUUUACUGUUUUUGCUGUCAGCUCUCCAAAUCCAGUUCCGUUGUCAAGGCUACCUGGAAGGCUUUUUCACAAUUCAGCAGAUUGGUAUGUCUGACGUUGUUAUUUUUCUUUAUGGUCAAACCUCCGGCAAGCGACCACACAAAAUGUGAAGAGUUAGUGGUCGCUUACCGGAGGUGGUCGCUUACGAUAGUCCAACUGCAGGAGGGUUUUUUUCGAAGACAGAUCCGGAUUCAUUUACUUACCUAAGAGAGAAUAGCUCACUCUCUCUUGACUUACCCUUGUGCUUUUUGAAGAGAAUCAAGAGAACUGAAUGAGAGAAUGUGUUGCAUGCAAUUUCUAGGUUAAAAUAUAUUUUAAUCGAUUUUCAUCCAUGUUGUUCCUAAAAGUUCUUCUUAAACUCUGAGUAGCGUAGUCUAUACAAUAAACACAGAGAUCACGUGAGACCUGUAUAUCAAAGGGUCGCUUGGAAGAAGUUAAGAACAAUGGAAAUUCUAAAUCCGCCUUCCUAAAAAGUGGUCGCGGUCGCUUACUAGAGAUUCCAACUAUGAGACUUUAACUGGAAAAAUGUUGGUGUUUUGGAUAGGUGGUCGCUUUUUGGAGGUGGUCGCACAUGGAGGUUCGAUUGUAUUUAAAUCUAUGUUGUUCCUAAACGUUAUUUUUAAACUCUGAGUAGCGUUGUUCAUACAGUGAACACAGAGAUCAGACCUUUAUAUCAGAGGGUCGCUUAAAAGAGGUUAAGAACAACGGAAAAUUCUAAACUGUCAUCCUAAAAAGUGUUUGCGAUUGCUUACGAGGGGCUCCAACCAUAAAGCUUUGAGUUUGACUGGAAAAAUUUUGUGGUUUGGAUGAGUAGUCGCUCAUUAAGGAAUUUGGCUUAUCAGAGGUGGUCGCACAUGGAGGUUCGACUGUCAUAGGAGUUUUAUUAGCAGAUCGAUAAGUAAUUUGCCGCGUGAAGUCAUUUUAAAAUAGCUUAAUUGAUUUUUCAUUCAGGAGCAGAAACAUGUUAAACUCACGUGACAACCAAGGCAGUACCAGGCUUCCUCCACUACCUAUGCCCAGCUUCCCGCGGUUUAACCAAUCAAAUUAUCAACCUAACAGAAUGACGUAUGAUGAGCUGCCAAACUUCAGGUAUGAGGACACUUAAAGCAAUCGCUUUUACUAAUUUUGCUUUACGAAACGGAGCGCUAGGUGGAUUGUCUCUAACACAAACAACAGAUCGUUUUCGAUUCAGUUUUCUUUUGUCUUUGAAGGAGUGAUCUUCGCAAAACGUACGACAAGCAAGCGGAAAAACAAGAGAAGGUGGAUUAUCAGAGAACCGUACAGGACUGGAACAGAAUGAACCUUUCCGAACUGAAAAAACUUCCUCCAAAUCCGCGGUAUCAUUUCAAGAAGACCAUUGUGUCGUAUCUCGGGACAACCCCGGGGUCAAGCAAGGCAAUAGUACCACUAACUGAAGAGCUGAAUGCAAAAACGCCGGAGCCAAUUGCGCAAAAGUAAAUUUUUAUAACCAAGACUCGUUCAAAUGGGAAUCUUGCCUGUCGUGAUGAACACUACAGAGGAUAAAGGACAAGGGCUGUUACCACUAAAAACCAGCUUUUGAAUCAAUUGUUAAGUGUUGACAGCUUAUGUAUAUGUUGGUUUAACCCCUAUUACAGAGAAUUCAAUUUAUUGUUAUCCGUAAUGCAAUUUUCAGUCAAUUUUAGCUAGACUAAAGAAGCUAUUUUACACCAUUUUGAAUUUAUUGGAUAAUGUGAGCGAAAAGCAGAAUACUGACAGCUUUCUUCUCUUGUGAAUUUGUAUAUUUUGUUUCAACUCUUAUUACAGAAAAUUUAAGUUAUUGUCAUGAAUGAAAUUCAUUUUCAAAUCAAUUUCAGACAUUUUAGGCUGCAGAGCAGGCUUUUUUCUUCUUUAACGAUAGCUCAGCGGUAGCUAUCAUUUUUUGACUCGCCACAACGUCCAAGAUGGCGGGAGAACAUUUUGUAGUAUCAUCGCACUGCAAAAUAUGCCUGCUAAAUCAAGUUUUAAUUCACAAAAGUGGUUAGACUCCAUUAAAAACAAAUUAAGGCUUCGCUGCUAAAACGGCUUUCAAAAGCCUCACAGUAAACCAAUUCAUUGUUACAAAAAUUGAAUCUAUAGUCUCGUGCUCCUUUUGACGAAGGGACACGGAAGUAGAAUUCACCUUGUUUUGAUUAAUCAGGCUUUUAAAAAGACGUCAGUAUAAAUAAUUAUUUCUUCCGUGUUUUCAUUAAUUAAUUUUAAAAGGUUUGUUUUUAAAAAAAGACAUUUAGGGUCGGUUAUUCAAACGUGCUUUCAUGAAACUGUUCACGGUAAAUUGUGUUUAGUAUACAUAAAAGCGUCCGGCCAACUGAAAACGGCUUAGAACGCGGUUUUGUUAAACGCUAGCUAAACUCCGUUUAAAUAACUGGCCCUUAGUUUAUAUAAAAGUUUGUCAAAAACAAGCGAGUGCAGCUCACACUUUUGCUGAUUUUCCUAAAUGUAAAGUUUAUUAAUGUACCUAGACGUAUUUUACUGUAUGAAGAAGUUCAAAAUUUGAUUCCAGUUUGGCCCCGUAGGUCCACACGUAUCCGGGUAUUAGUGACUUUACGCAACAGGACAGUAAAACGCUCAGGUUGUGUGUGACAAACGUGACAGGUCUAUUACUGGCAACUAUAUAUUGUCUUGAUCUUCACUUAACUUUAAUGUUUUCUGGUCUUUUACAAAAGGAUUUGUCAAAGGGAAGGUGAAGUUGGACGGAAAGUGUUUUCAAACAUAUCGCACAAGGUUUGCCGUCUUCUUUCCUCUCCCGUCCUGUUGCGUAAGUUCACUAUUAUUGAAAACGAAGAUUUUUUUUCUCCGUUUUCAAAAACAAAAUACGCGUCCAAAUGUACCAUAUCCGAGUCGUUUUCGCUCUUCCACACGAAAACGCUUAAUCAAUGGAAAUACGACAGCAUCACUUACGGAGCAUGCGCAAUUCUAGUAGUA